UGACUCAAAUCACUCCAUGAUUCAUUUUCACUCUCUUCACUAUCACACAACACAGCACUCAUUGCUGUUGCGUGUGUAACUUCCUUCAACCACCGCCAUGCCAAUCACCAGCCACCACAACCACCUCCACACCCCUCUCCGUCAACCCGCCUCCACUACCUCCUCCUCCUUCACCUCCAAGAUCCUCCUCCUCCUCACUCUCCUCCCUGUCUCCCUCGCUACCAUUGCUUUCAUCCUUCAAUGGCGUGGUGGUAUCACCGAUCCAGCGACCCUUUUGUCACCUCAUGGCGCUCAUAACUUCCCUGGCAUGGAUUCUUCUCCUCUUUCACCUCUUACUCAUACUACUCAUUCUUCUGAUUGUCUUAACCUUGGUCGUUCUUCUUCUCCUUCUUUUCCUUAUUACCAUAAUUGGAAACUUGAUUUUGGUGACUCACUUACUCCAAAGAUUUGUGUCACAAGUAGUACCUCAGCAGGGCUCGAGCAGAUUCUUCCCUGGAUGUUUUAUCACAAAGUCAUUGGAGUGACAAACUUUUUUCUCUUUGUGGAGGGGAAGGCUGCUACUCCUGAAGUAUCAAAGGUCUUGGAAUCAAUUCCUGGUGUAAAGGUUAUAUAUAGAACAAGUCAGCUGGAAGAACAACAAGCUAAGAGCCGUAUUUGGAACGAGACAUGGCUGGCAAGCUUCUUUUACAAGCCAUGCAAUUACGAACUUUUUGUAAAGCAAUCCCUCAAUAUGGAGAUGGCUAUUGUUAUGGCAAGGGAUUCUGGUAUGGACUGGAUUCUUCAUCUUGAUACAGAUGAAUUAAUACACCCGGCUGGUGCUCGGGAGUACUCUUUAAGGCAGUUGCUUCUUGAUGUUCCAGGAAAUGUUGAUAUGGUCAUAUUUCCGAACUAUGAGAGCAGUGUUGAGCGAGAUGAUAUCAAAGAACCAUUUAGUGAGGUGACGAUGUUCAAGAAGAAUUAUGAUCAUCUUCCAAAGGAUACAUACUUUGGCAUGUACAAAGAUUCUGUGCGCGGCAAUCCAAACUAUUUCCUGACUUAUGGAAACGGAAAAUCAGUUGCACGGGUACAAGAUCACCUUCGGCCUAAUGGUGCACACAGAUGGCAUAAUUAUAUGAAAACCCCGAAUGAAAUCAAAUUGGAAGAGGCUGCUGUUUUACAUUACACAUACGCCAAAUUCUCAGAUUUAACUUCUAGACGUGAUCGUUGUGGUUGCAAACCUACAAAAGAAGAUGUCAAAAGAUGCUUCAUGUUGGAAUUUGACAGAUCAGCAUUCAUCAUUGCUUCAACUGCAACUGAAGAAGAAAUGUUGAAGUGGUAUAAUGAGCAUGUUGUGUGGGGUGAUAAAGAGGUGAAGAUUAAACUGUUGAGAAAAGGGAUAUUGACUCGCAUAUACACUCCCAUGGUCAUAAUACAAAGUUUGAGGGAAUCUGGAGUAUUCAGUUCUGUCAUUGCAUCAGCCCCAUCACUUUCCAAAGAAAAGUUUUUGCAUUCAAUUGACAGUAGCAAUUCAACAAGAGCUAUCGCCUCUUUAUCUCUCCCAUCUAGAAAGGUUGGAAGAACCAAAGAAUCUCAAGCUACUGCAAGGAAGGUUUUGGAUCUUGAAUCUUCUGUAUUUCAAGAACUGGCUGUACCGCCGCAGUCUCCACCAGGAGUAGUAGAAGAUAGUAACCUCAUUUCACAUUCAUGAUCAGUUUCAAAACCACCUUUUCUUUACUUUCCAUAGGUUGAUAUGCCAUAUCUUGUUUUUGUCAUUUUUUCUGUAUAGAAUGCUACUAAUGUGAAUUCUAUUUUAUGUAAUUUUCACAAUAUGAAGAUAUUCAACAAACAAACAUGAUAUGCUAUAUUAGUGAGUGUAAAUUAAUAGUUGCUUCAUGUAAUAAAAUACAUUUUUUUCUUAGGCAUAA